CCUUGUACUUUGUCCUCAGUUGACCAGGAUGAAUUUGGAUGCCCAGAAGAUGGAGCGGGAUCUGAGAGACGAGCUGGCGGACAGCGUUAGCAAAGCUGUUAGCGACGCCGACAGAGCCACGAUAAGAGUUCUGGAGAAGAGCGAGGCUGAGCUUCGUAUCGAGAUCUCAAAAUUUCAGGAGAUGUCAGAUGUGGCUGUAAUGCAGGUGUCCGCUCUCCGAGCCAGGAAACAGUCCAGUGAAAAGGAGGUUGAAACUUUGAGGAGACAAAUAAUGGAGUACCAGACUCAGUCAGAUGAGAAAGCCUUCAUUGCGCAGCUCCAACAGCACAUCGUGGCCGUGCAGCUCAGUGAGUCUGCUGCUCUGGCCCGACUGGAGGCUGCCACCUCUCGGCUUCAGCAGUUAGAGGCCAACAAACUUCGCACAGAACAACAGCUGGACGCCAGCGAGCAGACGCUUUUCCUUGUAAACCAGGAGAGCAGAAACCGCUCCAACCACUUACGCCAGACCAUUCAGUCCCUACGAAGGCAGUUCGCCGGAGCGGUGCCACUGUAUCAGAUAGAAAAGUUCUCUAAGACCAUGGUGAGCCUUCUGGAUGACCGGGUGAGAGCACUGGAGGAGAGGAAGAAGGCAGAGGAGGAGCGGAGGAGAGCAGAAGACCGGGCUGCAGAGCUGGAAUUGAGACUUCAAGGGCUGGAGGAGCUCAUCUCCACACUGAAGGACGUGAAGGGCGCUCAGAAAGUCACAGAGUGGCAUAAGAAGAUGGAGGAGUGUCGACUGCAGGAGCUGCGCAAGAGCAGAGAACUAGUAGUCCAGAGGGAGGAGCUCAAGUACCUGAAGAACCUGGUGGAGGAACAGGAGAGAACGAUCCACUCCCUGGAACAGGAUGUUGUGCAGCAAAACAUGCUUCAAGAAAAAAGACAGCUAGUGUGGGAUCAGCGUGAAGUGGAGCUGGAGCAGCAACUGGACCGAUUUGAGAAACACCGCAAAGUGGAAAAGUUUGAAGUUGGUGCAGCUUCACUGCCAGAUCCAGGUCCACGUCAUGCUGAAUCUACUCUGGGUAAAGUUCGAGAGAAUGGGCUCACAUUUAUGGACACACAGGCCACCUACAGGAGCUUGUCUGAGAAGCUGAAAGAGAAAGAAGCUGCCCUUGUAAAGGCCGAGCGGAACAUCGAGUCCAGAGAUAAAGUUAUCAACCAGCUGCGUCUCCAGCUACCGGCCGCUGCCAACCAAGAGCGUCUGUUGACCAACCAGGCUAAACAUGAGGAGGGUCAGUCUGACGGCCAACGUGCCCUGAGGCUGGCUCACCAGACCAUCAAGGAUCUCCAGCGACAACUCGACAAAAAAGAGGACAUCAUAAAGAAAACGAUCAAACAAGCUGAACAGGAUCAGGUCGAGACGAGGAGAAGACACAGCGAGGAACUCAGGACGCUGGAGCAGAAGCUGAGUUUGAACGCAGACACCACACUGGACCGCAUCAGACAGACAGCAAAGGAGUUGGUGGGGAAGCCCACCUUCAGGCCGCCCACCUCUGAGCACCUGGAAUCUCUGGCUGAUUUGGAGCAGACGGUGGCUGACCAGGACCAUUCACUCUCCUCACUCACAGAGAAACUGAAGCUGAGCACGGCAGAGCUGGAUCAGCUCCGGGUCGCCAUGGAAACACAGGCUAAGAAACACACUGACGACGUGUCGAGGAUGGAGGAUCAUCAUUCCACCCAACUGAAAGCUGUGACUGGUGAGAAUGAGGACCAGAGGAUCCAGAUUGUCCAGAUGGAGAGGGAGAUGAACGACCUCCGCACUGAACUGGAGGCCCAAAAGGAGGCCAACGUCCGCUCCCCCAGCAACACCAUGAAAAACCUCGUGGAACGACUCAAGGCACAGCUCGCUCAAAAAGAGAAACAACUCAAGGGUCUCAGUAAAGCUCUGCUGGAGCUACGAGCCGAGAUGACGUCUACUGCAGAGCAGCACGUCCUCGCUGCUGCCGCCCAGAAGGAGGAGAAUCUUAAUGUGCAGAAGCUGAUUGACAAACACACCAAAGACCUAAAGGCAAAGGUGCAAGAGUUAAGUGAGGAUCUCCAAGCUGCCAAGGAGUCUGCAAAGACCUCCAGAGGUCACGAGAGCGUGCUCAGAAAGGAGGUGGACAGUCUGAACCAGGAUCUCCAGAGGUGUCACAAAGCCCAGAGACGAGCACAGGUCGAGAAGGAGGAGUGUGAAAAGGAAGUCCACAUUCUGAAGCAACAAAACAAGAGGCUGAGUGCGGCUCUGCAGGACCAACAAGAACCAUAUGGGAAGGAGCCGACUGUGGAAACUCUGCAGAAGAAGGUCAGGAGGCUGGAGCUGGAGUUGGAGAAUAGAGCAGAAAUGAAAAAUGAGCAGGACGAUCGUGGAAAGCAGACCAAAGAACAGGUAGUGCGGUGGGAGGAGGGUAAGAAGUGGCAGACCAAGAUGGAGAGAGUGAAGCUGUCCUUGAUGGAGAAGGAACGACAGAAUGAGACGCUUUCCAAACAGCUGAGCACUUUUAAAGAGCUGUACAACAGACUAGAGCAAGAGAAGACUUCACUGCAGAAAAAGCUGAAGGCCCGAGGUGUGACUGCUGAUCAGGUCGUGGGAUUGAGGUCAGCUGAAGUGGAGAAGGAAAUGGAGGAGCUGAAGAAGAAGAACUCGGACCUGGAGACGGAAAUCUUUACCAUAAAACAACAACAAGCCUUACCUCGUGACGAUGCCGUGCAGAAUCUAAUAGAGAGAAACCACCACCUGGAGGAGAGGCUCCACGUCCUAGAAGGUCAGAUGUCCAGAGAGCCUGAGUCCAGCCCUUCUACAAAACGCUCCCACUCCCGAGCUUUAAGAGGGAUUUCUUCUGGCACCUUUGAUGUUGAGGACACAUCAUGUCAAUGGAAUGUGGCACCUUGUCAUUCUGUAUCCUCUAAACUCUCUAAAAGCCCUGAAAAUGCCAAAGGCCCUCCUGGCCAUCAGAGGGCGCCAAAACAAACCCUGGUUGCAAUUCAAGAAAGACAGACAGAAACUCAAACUGUGGGACAAGGAGACAUGGGGCGUCCACAGGGGAGGUCCAGUCCUGACAUGACAGAAGACACUGUCUGUAACUGUGAGGCUGCUGAUGUUGAAGACGGUGCAGAGAGAGGAGGUGAAACAGAAAGGGACGAUCAAGUCUCUGAUCAUUUUGUGGCUAAUGAAAAGUAUGACAUCGUCUUUCACUCUCCAUCUAAGACCACAACAGAAAACCAGACUAAUGUAAAUGAUCUGUCUGAAAGAUCUGGCUCCGUUGGACCGUCGUCUGAACCGGGCUUAGCACAAACAGGCCAUGAAACCAGUGACACUGUAAAUGAAAAGGGUGCUGCUGGCCAUCACCAUGGAGACGCAGAUGAUGAUGAUGAUGAUGAUGAUGAUGAUGAUGAUGUGAGAAUCAGAGAAGAAAAGUUAGAGAAAGAUAUUCAGCAGGGUGAGCUGGAAAACGAAGCAGUUGCAACUACAAAGGAGACAACAGAGGAAGAGGAUCCAGAUCAGUCCCGUUCACCAGAACCACAUGUGGAGUUUAGCAGCACACGGAGAAAACACCUGGGCUCCAUUAGAAGAAGAAGGGAUGAGCGUGUACAGAAACAAGAAGGCAGAUGUCCUAAAUAUCUGAAGACUUCAGGGAGAGGAACCGUCACUCCCUCACAGAGAGACCAGGAACUCCAGAAAGAGAACCUCAAACUUGCCUCUGAAAACCUGGAGCUGCGCUUUCAGCUGGAGCAGAGCAACGUCGACUUACCGAGACUCAAGAAUCAAGUGGCCGAUAUGAAAGAAAUGUGUGCCGCACUGAAAAAGGAGAAUUUAGAAGUAAAGAAAAAGCUUAGCCAAAUACAAGGGAGUGGUCCUGGUGGUAAAACAGUUCCAGACCUUGAGAAAACCAUUGGGCUGAUGAAGAAGGUGGUGGAGAGGCUGCAGAGGGAGAACCAGUCUCUGAAGACGACCAGUGUCUCCGCCAACAAAGACAGAGCGGCCGCCCUGAAGCAGGAACAUGAGAAACUCAAGGCUGACUACGAGAAAUUAAGGAGUCAGUGUGAGGCCGAGCUGAGUUCAAAACUAGAAUCAAAAACCAAAGGAAUGGAGAAAAUAGCGAUGGAAAAUGAACGUCUUCGCAAAAGGAUCAAAAGAGAAGUCGAGGCAUCUGAGAGGCUGAGAGUGGCCCGUACCAGUCUGGAGGUGACCAAUGAAAAGCUGGAGAAGAAGCUAGAAGAAACCAGUCAACGACUUCUGGAGGCUCUGUCCACAACGCUCACAGAGGGAACAGACAAGACCAGGAAAACGUCUGUGGUUACCAGAAUGUAUGAGAACAAAAUGAAGGAACUAGAGACAGAACUUUCCCAGAAGAGCCUCCACCUGGCUGAACUCAAACAGCAGCUGAAGGAGUUGAAGGAGCAGGAGGAGCGAGCUCAAACAAACAUCUGGAAACUCCAGGAUGAGGUUGAACUGUUGAAAAGCUCGUCUACUGCUGCAGACACUGGUGCAGGAACCAAGGAGGAGGAGUUUCACACCAUAAGGUUGCUGAACACUGAGCUGCAGAAGGAGAACUUGGAUCUAAAGCAGAGACUCAAGGAAUUCAGCGAAACAUCGUCAAAACAAGAUUAUGACAAAGUGAAAAAUCUCCUGCAGUCAACGCAGAGUGAGAAGGUCCAACUCCAGAGUGAGGUGGACAAGCUGAGGACAGAAUUGGAGAACUUUGACCCAACCUUUUUUGAAGAACUGGAGGACCUGAAGUAUAACUACAACCUGGAGGUGAAGAAGAACAUCCUGCUGGAGAAGGAGCUACGACGGGUUUGUGACGAAAGCGGUGUCACAUUUGAAAUGCCCAGUGUGUCGGUCAGUUAACACAGGGUUAAUAAACGUCCUAAUGCUGAGGAACGUCACAGAGAAGAAGUUGUUGAGUGAAGUGUGAUGGUACUUGGGUAAGUUCUAGACCUCAGGAAAUGAAAGCUGGUUCAGCCCAGCUGCUUCUCCGACUCUCCUCAGGCAGAAAUGUAAUUUAUUGUGUGAAAUGUAAGUAAUUGUAGCAGAUUGAUAAGAGGUUUAUUUUUGUUCAGUUCACAGAUGUUUCUGUGUAGGGUUUGAAUGAAACAACUUUGUUACACAUCCUCCCUGUGCAGAUGUUUGGUCUUUAUUCUUCAGCACUGACACUGUGUCUGUAGCCGACAGUAUUUACAGUCUAUUAUGGCAUCACUGACAAGAAAAAAAAAAUCACAUUAUUACAGCAGGUAUAUUUACUUGUUUCUCUUCAUGAAAGUUAAUAACAUCAUGCUUUUCUAUU